CAUGACGUCACGCGUAUAAUCCAGGAAGUAAGAACGCGUCAAUACAACCCGGACACACUGCGUUGUUCUGCUUAACGUACUGAAAAAUGGGAGUAAAAGGGCUUCAGUAUUUCAUGGAGCGCUGCUGUCCAGAAUCUUGCGUGACUGUCAACCUGAGAGACAUGGCCAGACGACAUCUUUCCUCUGACAGCACGACCAGCCCCACACUCGUUGUGGAUGGAAUGGCCUGCCUGCGCCACUGGUACUCCUGUAAAGACUGGGUGUGUGGGGGUCAGUGGAAGGAGUACAUGCGCAUCCUGAGUAGCUGGAUAGAGAGGUUUACUUCUGCAGGAAUCAAACUUGUCUUCUUCUUUGAUGGUGUGGUUGAGGAGAAGAAGAGAUCUGAAUGGGUGAAGCGGAGACUGAGAGUGAACGGGGAGGUGUCUAAAGUAUUUCGUUACAUUAAGUUACAUGGAGAACAACCGGGCAAACCUCUCUUCUGUCUGCCUUCUGGCUUGGCAACAUUCACACGCUUUGCCCUCAGGUCAUUAGGCCAGGAAGUGUUUUGCUCAGUGCAGGAGGCUGACUAUGAGAUUGCCUGUUAUGCUCGUCGGCAUGGCUGUAUGGGCAUUUUGGGACAGGACUCAGACUUCAUCAUAUAUGACAGUUCUCCUUACUUGUCAGUGGCGAAACUGCGCUUAGACUGCCUCACCACUGUCCUAUACGACCGACAGAGACUUUGCCGAGCCAUUGGGUUAUAUGUUAGCCAGUUACCAAUGCUGGCCUGUCUCCUGGGUAACGAUGUAGUACCAGAGCAGCGGAUGCACACUAUCAGGAGCAAUGCUAUGGGAGCAUACAGAAAAAAAAAUGUUGGAGCACUCCAGGAGCAGAUGGUGUUUGCUGUAUCCGAGUUUGUCAGCUCUUUGUGGGGCAGAGAGGAGAAAGAGACUGGGCUUAUCCCUCAGUCUCUGAACCUGCCCGCUGCAGACAGAUUUCUCCUGGAAAAAGGGCUUUGCUCUUAUUUGCUGCCUGCACAGGACACUCCUCAGCAGGAUGACACAGCUCCUCUCACCUCUGGCCUUGGCUUUGAGGAAUAUGUCAGUCCAGAAAUAUUCAAGGCUUGUAGAGAACAACAUGUGUCUGCAGAUGGUUUCAUGGUUUACAAUGUUUUGUGUGAGGGACUGAUUGAAUGUAGCAACAGUCUGGAAGAUGAGGAAGAGGAUGAACUGCCACCUCAGGCUGUCAUCUAUAAGCCCUGCAGGCAACACAUUUAUGGUCUGCUGCUGCUUAACAGGGGUGAUGACAGUGGAACCGAGGAACUUCCAGCCAUCAGAGAAUGGUUUGUCUAUCCAGGCAACCCACUGAAAGAGCCCCACAUGGUCCAGCCCGUCCCCGUCAGCUUCCCAUGUGAACGGCCCAGUCUACAUGUUCUGUGGUUCGGUUCUGGACCUGACGUUUCCACUCUUCGUCUGACCAGCUUCUUUUCAAUAUUCAACUGCCUGGAGUUUGCCGAGUGCUACGGAGUCGUUGAAGACACUCUCCUUGCUGCUCUUUGUCUGGUUACCUACAUUGCCCUCCAGGUACCGUCUUUAUGUUCAGAGGAUGUGAAUGCGUACCUGAGUCAGGCUGUGUGUCUGAGCCUGAAAUCUCCACAAGAGCUUCAACGGAUCAAGCUGCCAUUCCUCUGCACUCGAGCAGUCCAACUGGGCUCUCUCUACGUCCGAGGACUGAGCCACCUGCUGGGGGCUAACUGUGCCAGUGGCUGCCCGCUGCCCAGCGCCGCUUUCAUGCCUUGGCACAGCUUUGAUGGACGACUCUUUCACUCCAAAUACCUGCUGGCACAUAGCGCCAUUGACGAAAAUGUGCUGCUGGACAAUCAUCCCAGUUUGUCCUUGUUUGUCCAACUGAGAGAGAAACUCAUAGAAGUUUGCAAGAAGAGAAACAGAGUCUUGCAUUCCCGACCCAGACCCAACAGGCUUGAUCAGAGUCAUAGAGCACAAUACAGAGAUGGACACAGAGCUCGUAUUUCAGGUGUUGAUGACAACUGGCGAGAGCAAGGAGCAGCGACAGCAGGAGGAUGGAGUGAGAGGGGACAAUCAAGUGGUGGAAAUGACAGAGAGACAGCGCAGCAGAGACGAGGACACAGAAGAGGAGGAAGAGGUCUUUAUUUCCACUCUCACGUUCGUCCUCCCCCCACCAAUGUGAACACGAGCUCUCGGCCAGAGCAGACUCACAGCCGAUGGCGUCCCAGCACAGGGAGACACCAGCUGGCUCCCAGAUGGGGUCAGCCUCCCGCUCAUGGAGCACAAGCCCACCCCAACAGAGAGAGCAGAGGAGCAGAGGAUUAGAGUGCAGGACUUGAGGAGUUAAGAGGGUAGGAAAGAGUUGAUGAAAGGACUGACGGAAUCAAUUCUCUGAACAAACUGAUUAGCGAAUUAGCAGUCAAGAAUGUUUGUUGAAAGGAUGUGGUAGGUGAAAAUAGAGGGGAUUAAGGAGAGAUUAAGAACUCUGAAACCAACCAACAUUGGUUAAUUUGGACAUGUGUUUUUUUUUUUUAGAAAAAGCCUUGUGUGGUAUCAAGUUAGUCAGCAGACUGCUGACAGAAAAUAGACCAGCAAGUACCAACAAAAAUAAAAAAGCCACAUCAAAUGCACACUAACAAUAUGAUAAAUACUUAAUCCCGUUACCUCUUUCUUAAUUUCUUAGUUCAGAGUAAAAAGAAAAAAUAAAAGCUGCUUUGCUAGAGUAAGACCGACUUUUUAUCACAAUUCUCCAAUAUUAUCUUUUACUCACUACUAUGCUGUUGAUUGUUACACUUCUCUAAACCAGUACUCUCACACUACACUAGGUAUGACAAUCAAAUAGAAAGAGAAAUAAUCCAAUUGUUAACUGUUGCCAUCAUCAACCCUUUAUUCAAUGCAGUGGCGGGCGGUGAAUUUGGUACCUGGGCCUUCAGUGGGGACUUAAACUGACUUAAUCCACCUCUUAAUACAACCAUGUAUAAUUCACGUCACAAUUACACAAACCAUCAAUGACAUACAGGGUCCCCACAGGUCCUUUAAAGUCUUAAAAAGUCUUAAAUACAACUUUCGGUUUUCAAGGCCUAAAAAAUUUGGAUGUCUGGAAUAUUCGAAAGGAAGAUAUUAAAUUUAAUAUGGGAGCGAGCAAGUGAAAUGUCAUCCAGUUUUGUGUGUUUUUAACAGCAGUUUAAUAAGUGACAAACAUACCUUUUGGGGGUAGCGUUUGUUCUGUGCAGGUGUCAUAGAAGAGUCAAGAAGUAGAAGUGAGUGGGGAAAGUUACGUUGUUAAGUGGAUUCAAUACAUGAUUGGACAAUUUUGCCCAGUAUUUCAGAAACAAAAUCCUGAACAAAUUGUAAUGGCCGUGUUUGUGGUUAAGGAAGAUGUAGUUUUUAGGAGAUAUGUCAUCAGUACAAUUACAUAAUCACGCUAUAACUACUAAUGGUAACAUGGAGAAGAAGAAGAUUAUAAACUGUUGGAAGGAGUGAAUUGAAGCGUGUUGGAGGCAGGUCAUGUCAACAUGAAGGAAUAUGAGGAGAGAAGCAGAAGAAGGUGAUGUAGGACUAACAAUAGACAAGGCAACAAAAACAGGAUGGGGAGGUGUAGAUUGAGAAGAGAGCAAAAGGGAAGACAAGUUUUAAAUCAAUGGUCUUGUUAUGUUGCUUAAACCGCAGGAAACUAAGUUGGCUUCCGCUCUCUCUACUGGUGGGUGUGGUUCCUCCAGCAGCAGGGGCACAAACACACAAUUAAGCCCAUUUCAAGUCCUCCAGUCUGGAAUUGGCUGAUUAGCCCUUUCCCCUCCGUUGGUGGUCAUUCAACAGGUUGUCAGAUAUCUUUUUUUACAUGCUAUCUGUUAUCGAAACAUUCUAAAGCUUUUUGAAGCCUUUUUCAGACAACCGCCUUCUGAAUGAAAAGUAUAAUGAGAUUUUGGCCUAAAUUCUGACUUUACAAAGAUUAUAUCACUCAGUUUGAACUGAAUUGGUUACCUUAUUUAGCUACAAGAGUCGGACAAAACAUUAGAAACAGCUGAUGUGGAGCAGUUGUACACCAGAGCAAACUACAAGCACAAUAAUAAACAUAUUGUUACAAUAAUACCUCUUUGACAUUGUCAAUCAGCACCCCUCACACAAAGCAACUGACCUGGCAACAGAAGCGCUCCCUCUCUCGUGGAUUAUUUUACAGACACACGCACAACCGUGGCACAGGCAUCCAAAAAUGUUUGUUGAGAUUAAGCGGGCAAAUAUAACCCUUCUGUAUUUACAGGAUAUGUCUAAAAAUAAAAAAGUGCUCCCUUUAGCUCAGGCAAUAAAUAGAGGGAACAACUCCUACGGUGUGUGUGUGUGUGUGUGUGUGUGUGUGUGUGUGUGUGUGUGUGUGUGUGUGUGUGUGUGUGUGUGCAUGCGUAUGUUGUUGCCCACACUAGCAGCAUGCAUUUAAUUGGUUUGACACUUUUUGGGAGAGGGCGUGAUGGAAUUUGUAAGUCUGAACUGAUGAUGCUUUAUGUGACAUGAACAACGACAACUAAGUGUAAACACUGUCAUACAUAGACGAUGCUAUAAUGAGAUACUGUCCUUUAUGCCAUUUAACUAGAUUAAUAAUAGAUGUCUACAUCAUUGUAGAAAAUCAACCAUUUGUUUAACGUUAGUCUUUGAUGGAUUGUUGUUACCUGUGUCCAUUCUUUGCUCACUCCCUUCCCUCUUUCACAAGCCCCUCCUCCUUUCUCCUCUCCUGCCUGUGUCCGUGAAUGAAUGCACUUUGACUAGUGGAACAUAUGCUGCUGGUUGUUCAAUACCCUCCCUCUGAGCGGGGGCACAUCCGUGCAUGUGUGUCCGUGUGUGUGUGAGAGAGAGAGAGCAAGAGAGAGUGUGAGUGUUUGUGUGAAUGAUUGUCGUGGGUGUGUUUGUGUGUCUGUCUUUGUGUGAAUGUGUGUGUUUGUGUGUGCGUGCGUGCGUGUGCAUGCGUGUGUGUGUGUGUGUUCAUUGAAACAUGUGCCUCCUGUUGCACAUCGGCCAUCUGUUCCUUGAAUGGACUGAUGGAGUACUGCUGUAACCAUGGCGAUGGGCUAUUCAGUCAAAUAGCCCAUCAAACCACCCCUGGCUGUUUGUGUGUGUGUGUGUGUGUGUGUGUUUAUGUUUAUGUUCAGGAAUUGACUGGCAGAGUGGAGGAAUUCCCACAUGUUGAUGAAAGCAGGCUGACAAACUUAAUAAUUUAAAUACGCAUAUUUUUUACUACAAGGUCAAAAGAGAAGCGGGAUUUAAAAUUUUUAUGUAAUUAAUCGGACUUAUAUUGAUGACAUUUGCACAAUACAGUACAUAUGUAAAGUAAUGUAACCCUGCUGAAAUAAUGGCUUUAACAGAAGAAAAUAUAUUUUUUUAGAAUGGCCAAGACAGUGCCCAGACCUAAAUCUAAUCGCAAAUGUGUGGAGCGGCCCGAGGGAGGAUCUACACAAGAGAUGCCCCUGACGAAUUUGGAGCAUUUUGCAAAGAAUACUCGUCAAAUAUUGUCAAGUCAAGAUUGAGUGAAUGUUCCAAUCAAAGUAUAAAAAGGUGCAUUUCCAGUGUGAACAACUACCUUAUUGUAUGUUUGGUAUUUUUUUUCCUAACAUAAUUGUUUAAUUUCAUAGAUAUUAUUUCAUUAUCUAAAUCAUUUUGAAACAAUUAAUCAUGGUGUUUGUUUUUUUUAAUACCAGAAGGUAUUUUGCCAAGGGUGUUUUUACUUUCUACAGCCUGUGUCACUCCAUCUCUUUAGGGUUUGAACCAUGUAACAAUUGUGUACUUUUGAAACAGAGCAGCAGAAAUUGCACGCAAAGUUAAUUUAGUUGGUUAAACAGAGGUGAGAUUUAUUUCAAUAAUAUCUGCAUUCAUCAACAAUAAAUGUGACACUCAUGAACACAAGCACACAAACAGCAGCAGGACAACAGUGAAAAUGAAUAUUGAGUUUCAACUGUCUCAAACCACUGGGCUAUUCAUCUGCACUCUCAGCAGCCCCACCCUUAAACACACACACACACGGAGCACAAGCCCCAUUUACCCCUUACACACUGCACACACACCCUGCUCCACCCAAUGGUCCGGGGUCUGCUGGCCAUAUGUCAGCCCAUCUCUUGUGAGACACCUCUCCUGAGACCCUGAGCCCUCUUUUGUGUGCGCGCAUGUGUGCGUGGAUGCGUGCGCUAAUGUGUUUGCCAUCUUUGCUCACAAGCCAUCUCUAAACCGCUGUCAUCUAGCAAGUGUUUGAGUGCAACUGACCGCACCACAUCUGCAUGAAUUCAAUACUUGUCUAAUUGCUGGGGGAUAAACACUAUUUUCCAGUAAAUGUGUGUUUGGACUUGAACCUCCUGGGUCCCUGACUUUUUGCUACCCUGCAGUACAUCAUGGAAUACAGUAGAACCUCUGAAGUGGAAUACAAUCCGUUUCAGUACAAUGGAAACAGAACCCAUUCUAGGGCCAAACUAUCACUAUAAAUGAUAUAUUAUUAAAUAAUAAAAACAUUUAUAAAAAUAAUAAUGAACAAAAACUACUUACUGUAUAGGCAAUUUCAUAAGUAAUUUAUACAUUUUAAUAGUCUUGCAAGUUUAAAAAGAAGUUGACCACCGCAAAUAAUAAAAUGUUGAGUACACUGACACAACAGCCGUACAAAAUUUUAGUUUUAUGUCUUUGUUUUUGUGGCAUGUUUUUCCUGAUUAUUUUGUUUGAACGACAACUUGUAGAACUUCAAUUUGACUGUAGGUGACGCUCUCUCAGUGGCAGGUGGUGCAUUUGGUAUCUACAGUAGGCCUUCAGUGGGGACUCAACCGACUUAAUGCACCACUUAAUACCAUUGCUAUCAUGUCACAAUUAUAUAGUCCAUCAGUAAUGUACAAAAGAGCAAUAUUUCAAGGUGCGGUUUUGAAGAGCGAUAGAGGCAUAUUGGUAUUGGGAUUGAAUACCAUUAUUGCCCUUUAUCUUUGAAUAAAUUGCGCCUGAUAAUGACUGAGUGGACGACCGAUCACCGGUGGAAGCUGUCUGUACAGCAUCAUCUGGAGCAGUUCAGAAUAAAUAUUUGUCAAUCACAUGACAAAAACAAAGACUCACCAGAGUAUGCUCCUUAGAGCCUGUAAGCGGGUUGUACUCGUAAGCACUGUUCCGGAAGUGUCGAACAAACCUUUUCUGGGCUGAGACAAGCUAACUAGCUUCGAGGUUGACCGACCUCUCCUUAAAAUGUCCAGCUUUUUUUUGUGGAAAAGUCUGCCAUGAAAAUGGAUUUUUAAUAAUGUCAAUUUUUCCUCCUCCUCCUCCUCCUCCUCCGUCAGCAAUUGUGGAUGUUAUUGUGGUAAAAUUGCGCUACACACUAUUCAGCUUGUCAAACUUUGCUUUCUUUUGCUCUGCUCAACCAAAGAAAGGAUGGAAAAAUCCUGACGUUAUUGGGGCUAGCUAGCUGGCCCUGGGAGGCAAAUCAGAAAUCUGGUAAAGAAAUAGCCCCAUUGCUAAUACUUUUUAAGUGACAUCCGCCAGCACGACUGAUUCUGAAGGCCCCUCUACAUUGACAUGGCAGCACAUAGAAGGGCCUUAUACAGCUAAAAUAUGAUUGGACAAUAAAAAUCUAACAUACAUGUGCUGGAAGUAGUGCAGCCAGUGGUGCAAAAAGUGAGCCGGCCUGCACUAUAUGGGGUGCCACGAUAGAAGGGGCACCAAAGCGAUGGGGAGGAAAUUAUUUCAAGUUGGCAUUUUCUGUGUUUAACAGCUGUUUGUGCAUGUGUAAAUGAUAUCAAUAACAGAGGGACAUCACUGAUUAGACGCCCCUUUGCUCCUUCACCUUCCCUCCUUUUACCUCCCCCAUACACACACACACACACACACGCUAUGGGCGGUCCACUGUGCGCCCCCUCGAGCACAUGCUGGAGCACAGUUGUUUUCAUUUAAAUCGUGUUAUGUAAUUACAAUUAAAUUGUUCAUGUAUGUAAAAUAAUUAAAUAAUGCAUACUUUAUAUUUAAUUUUUUGUUUUUGAUAGAGCUGAUGACCUGUCCGAUGUAAUAUAAGUCUUACAACAGUCCAUAAAUAAAAAACAUUUAUACACGUGAACAUACGCAGAGGCCCAUUCCAUAUUGUGGUGUUUUGUUUUCAAGUCCUAUUACGAUGUCGGUUUUUAGGGUCAACCAAGCUAAAUUCUUUCCUAUCUUGUCAGCCGCUGUCUCCGCUAUCUGGCAGCACAUAUGUGCUUUUAUGUCGCAGAAAAUUGCACUUUUGCUGUCAUUUUGACAUUUGUUUUCUCACUGAUAAUUCAGUCACUAUUUUGCAAUCGACUUUCCUCAUGCUGCAGCUUUUCUAAAGACUUCUGUUUUCCCUCAUUUUGAAGCUUUGAAAGUGCUUCACAGGAAUGUAUUGCACCCACUGUAAAUGCAACAUUGCCAGCCAAUGUGAUCACACCUUUCGAUCAGAGGUCACAGAUGUUGGACCUGAGAGAAAACCUCACAAUAUCUCUUCUAGUUCAUCCCAAAGCUCUUUGAUGAGUUUCUUCCACACCAAAUACAUCUAAGCAUUGCUUUAUGGACCUUACUUUGACCUCUGGGAACAGAAAGAAAACUUCCCACAAAGUUGGAAGCAUGCAAUUCUUUAAAUCCAUGUGUUUUGCUAGUAGACAACAACACCGUGAGGGCCAGAUCCCACAUGGCAUCACUUUCACUAAUCCUCAUUCUUUCCACACCUUUAACUUCACUUAAGCAGUUACUUUUCUUUGUUUUUGGGGAUGCUCUGUAAACAGAGAACCACAGCCUGCAUGCACACAAACAUUUGCCAUUUGCAGCAAUUUUGUACUGCUCCCUUAGAAAACAAACAACCAUCCAUUGGCAUCUUCACAGAUGUCUUUUGAACGUAAGCUCCCACUGUUCAGCGCACGCAGAUUUGCUACAUUCUAAUCUAGCAGCAGUGUUACAAAAUAAUAAAUUAACACUGCAGUCAUCCGCUUUUGAUAUAUAUAAUCAUAAUAAUGGAAGUAAUUAUUAUUUUUAAACAAUUAUUAUUGGUGCCACAACAACAUAUUAUUAUUUUGAGAACAUUAAUUACGUACCUUAAGAAAUAUUCAAAUAACCUAUCAAU